AUGAAUGAGGAUUUAAUUAUGCUGGAAGGCGAUGGCUGCUAUACUAUCGUCAAUAAAAGUUCAAUUAUAUUUAAUAUAAAGAAACCAGAAUUAAAAAUGGGUGAAUCAGUGAAAUACUUAUGGCCGGAAGAAGCAGCAGUUAAAAAAACUUUCACUGGUAAAAUAGUUGCAUUUUCAUCUCAUGAAGAUGAAUUAUUAAAAUUGCGUGAGGAAAUGUUAAAUGCCGACCGGAAAACUAAAACCAAAAAGCGGAAAAUUGAAAAUCCUUCAGCAAAUGACGAAGCUUUUAAUAAAAAGCAGAUAAAGUCCAGUCCUCAUACUGAAAAUGUUUUGAAAAAGUUGGAUGACAUUAUACGCCUAAAUAAACAAUUGACAGUUGAGUUGGAAGAAUUUCGUGAAGUAAUUCAAAAUACAGAACUGACCUCAAAUGCUACUGGAAAUGUUUUAGACAAUGAAUUUCAACAAUCAGAAACUCUUUUUAUUGUCGAUAAAGAAGAAGGUCAGCAACCUAAACCAUUGCCAAUGGUUUUGAGGUCUGAACCAAAAGUGAUUGAGAGUUCCUUGGAAAAACCAAUGUUACCUUCCGCGUCCCCUUCUCGUGAUAUGAUGGAGGAUGAUGAUUUGGAGAAAUAUGUGGCAGAAGGAAUUGGCAUGGAAUCGGAUGAUUUAGGAAAUACAAAUAAAACAGAGAGUAUAUUUGUAUUUGUAAAAGAUACUGCAGGCAAUAAGGCAGAGGAAUUAAUGCCGAAUAGUAAUGUUUAUAUAGAAAAAUCAUCGUUUAGAGAUAUAAAAAAGAAGGCGACAUCUCAAACGUCACUUGCACGAUUCCUUAUGUGUUCCAUUUUUACCCAGAAAGCACUACAGGAACACAAAUUACCGGGAAUAAACCCCAAGGAAGAUGAGAAAGGAAUUUGUCUCCCACUUUCAGUUCCUAUUGAAUACACAGAAAAAGCUUAG